UUACUGUUUAUGAUCAUAUACAACUCUUUGAACCGAUCCCAUAGUCUCCCAAAGAUUAAACACAGUUAUUUCUUUUUUUAUUCUUACAGCAGAUGAAUAUGGGCCGCGGAAGGCUAAACAUGGAACUAAUUGCAAACGAGAGGUCUCGGAAAACAACAUUUCAAAAGAGAAGGAAGGGAAUAAUGAAGAAGGCUUAUGAGUUUUCAACUCUUUGCGAAGUAGAUGUGUGCAUGAUCAUCUACGGACCAAAACUGACUGAUCGGCCUCCAGAGCUCCAGACUUGGCCUAAAAAUCCGGAAGAGGUAAGUCGGAUAAUCAACAAAUACAAGGCAAGCACAAUGUGCAAACCGGCCAAGAAAGCCUUCGAUUUGUCUGAUCUAUUGAUGGACAGAAAGAACAAGGUAUAUGCUGAUAUAUACAGAAAGCGUAAGGAGAUGUAUGAGACCAAGUACCCAGCAUGGGAUGAACGCAUCAACACUUUUUCAGAAAGUCAACUGGAGGCACUUCUUAAUGCGUUGGAUGCGAAGCUCGAGUCUGGCAAGAGAAUAUUACUCAAUAGAAAGAAAGAAGCUGCCGGGCAUCAAAUACUUGUCAUGAAGAAAGAAGCACCAACACUAUUGAUGGGUGGAAAACCUGAUGUUGGUGAAUCAUCAAGCCGAAAGCAUCCUUGUAACUAUGAGGAGGACCAAAACCAUAUGAGCUCUUUCAGUAACAACAUGGUAGAUCAUAUGCUGCAGCAGUUUCCACAUCAGCCUUGUGAUCAAAUGCUUCAAUUUGAUAAUUCAAAUGAAUACUUGAGCAAUCUUUUGGCUCCAAAUCCGGGUCCAACGGCAAUGUGGAUGUUGAGGGAGAGCAACUAUAGUCUUCAAUUCAGCGCAGGUGCCAGCGGCAGUAAUUCUCAAUUUCCAGUGGCGGGGAAUCAAGGCAAUUUCAGUGAUCCAAUGAUGAUUCAUUCUACAGUGGAGAAUACGAAUAUGAAUAUGUUGAUGGUGAAUAAUAAUCUUAAUCCUCCAAGAUCGUCAUACAUGAGCCAGCAGUACUAUGCUCGACUAAUGCAGCCGGCUGUGCCCUACAUGCAGUAUCCAGUAAUGCCAGCAAGUAUUUCAUCUCAUCCGGUUCAAUUGCGUGCUUCUCAAGCCAAAGAUGAUCAGUACCAGGAUGUCAACCAUUAUCUCUGGUCAUGAAU